UUCAUCAUGUCCAAACUCAUCCUCCUCCUCGACACUGGCACUUCCACCCUCGUCCGUCGCACCGCAGCAAAGCAACUCGCAGACGUCGCAUACAAGACUUUCUCCUCCCUCCCACACGACGAUGCUUGGCCAGACGCACUCGAGACCAUCGCAAACCUCAUUCCCCUCCUUCGCUCCCGCUCCUCCGAGACCCGCAAUGCUGCUGCUCAUGCUCUCGGUCUCGUCGCCCAGGCCCUCCCACAAUGGGAAGGCAGCCCACCUGACCAACCCGUUCCCAUAGACGGCGCAGACGCACCCUUCGACGUUGCCUCCACUCUGUCAUCCAACGACCCAUUGCUUGCAUCAGCAGGGCGAGAGUACGUCGCCAAACCAGGCAGGGGCGACCGCGUCCGCAGUAGGAAGGCAAUGAUGAGCGCUGCCGGCCUAGGCGGCGGUCUCGACAUGGGAAGCGAGAUGGACAAGGUAUUGGAUGACGCCGACGACAAGGAAGGCAUCACCUCAGGUCCACCAACCCCUUCAGCUCCGCCUGAGAACGUCUUUGAGGGGCUGUCUGCCCGUCAGAUUGCCAUGCUCAAGCGUAAAAAGGGGAACAACAUUGUCGAGGAGGCCAACAAAAUGCGCAGGUUGAAUCACAAGACCGACGGCGGGUCGCAGGAUACGACGCCCAAAAGCACACCACAAGGCACACCACCUCCCGAGGUCAAAGCCGAACCUGAAGACGUCAAGCCCGACAUCAAGCCCGAAGCCGUCAUUAUUGAUCCCGGGAAAAAGGGCGGCGCAGUCGAGCCCUCCGACGCCAAGGUGCUGACACUUGACGCGCAUGGGCAUAGCCCGUGGUCAGCCGUCGUCGUCGAGCUUGCAAAAGCACUGACCGAUUCCGCAUGGGAGGCACGGCAUGGCGCAGCGAUGGGCAUCAUGGAGGUCGCGCGGGCGGCAGGCGCAACCAUCGGCGUCGGUUACCCCGGAUUCUGUCUCGCACUCUCGCGCCGUCUUCUCACCCUCCUCACGCUCGACCGCUUCGGCGACUUCCUCGGCGACACCGUCAUGGCGCCAGUGCGCGAGACAGCAGGCCAGGCCCUCGGCGUGCUCUUCCGUCACGAGAGCGAAAACGAGUGCGCCGAGGUCCAUGCCGCCCUCGUCGCCAUGGUCAACCAGCCAUGGGCGAAGCGCGGGAAAGAGGCUGAAGGGCGGCCACGGGCUGAGAAGUUUGCAUGGGAAUUACGCCAUGCCGGACUGCUCGGUCUCAAGUACGAGGUCGCAUUACGCGAUCCGUCCCUCAUCGUGCACGACGUUGUCGCGUGUGCCAUCCUCGCGCUUCGCGAUCAGGAUGACGACAUCCGCUCCGUUGCGGCGUCUGCUCUACUCCCAAUCACAUCCACCCUCGUGACUAUUCCUGAGCUUCCAGCGAUCAUUGAAACGCUAUGGAACUGUCUCGGAGAAGGCACCGACGAGCUGGGUAGCAGCACGGCAGCGGUUAUGGACCUCCUCGGCGCACUGUUGCAAUAUGAUGAGGUCAUCUCCCUUAUGGCACAGAGUACCGACAGCCACGCGCUUAUCUCCCGCAUCUAUUCAUUCAUCCGGCACCCGAUUACGACCGUCCGCCUGGCCGUCGUCAAGGCACUCCUUGUUCUUCUCUCCGUCCCAGCUCUCCCCCGCGAUUGGGUGCGCCCCGAUGUCCUCUCCCUUCUCUUCCAGAACUUGGUGCUUGAAGACCGCGCCGAAAUACGGGACGUCACCUUCGAGGCGUUCGCGACCGCUGUGGCUAAUACUGACCUCGACGCGACUGUCGGGCCCAACAUCGAGGACUGGUACACGAUCGUCAUGACGCCUGUAGGCGCUCCACUUGACGAGACGCUCUUCUUCGGGCGGCGUCCGCGCGGCCACGACGUUGAUAAGGCCUUGUUCGCAGGGGACAUGGCACUCGUGUCCACUGACACCGUGCUGGAGACCCGCAUCGCCGCCGCCAAGGCGCUCGCGCUCCUCCGCCGCUACCAGCACACCUUUGACGACGUCUCCCUUAUCAAGAGUUACCUCUCCAGCGCGUGCGCGCACCAGAUCUUCAUUGCCGCGACCAUUGUGCGUGAGUGGGCCCUCGAUUCACAACGGUCGGCUCGCGCAUCUGGUAUCGACGCCCAUGUCCUUCCCCUGCUCGCCCCCAGGGCAACCUAUACUGAAAUGUCGACGAUGCUUACGCGCGUGCACGCCGAGGUGCGCGGCCUCUUCUCCGCAUUCACCACCGAGGGCAAGGUGAAGAAGGACCGCAUUCCUGAUCUGCCGAGCCAUGUUGACCCGCUGGGCGGUGCCGGCGCGUUCACACUCGACACGGCGCGUCGCGCGGUCGGCCCAACGUUUGAGGCCCUUGCCAGCCUCGUGAAGGCAAAGGCCGCACUCGCAAACUUGCGCGAUCGGCAGAAGAAGGUGCUAGCGAGCGUUGGAUACUUCGGCGCCAUGAAGGACCGUCUCGACGUUCAGGUGUCUGCCGGCGUCGCUGGCGCACUCAUUGCACUCGGCACCAUGCCACCGAAGCUGGGGCCCGUGGUUAAGGCGGUCAUGGACGCGAUCAAGAAGGAGGAGUCGGAGCUGCUGCAGGCUCGAGCGGCUGAGUCCGUUGGCGCUCUCGUUGCGUUCUGCUGCUCACCCAACUUUACCCUUCCCGUCAACCCGACGGAUAAGGUGCUCAAGAACUUGUUCACCUUCCUCAACUCAGACGUCAACGUCACCCCCGUUUUCUCGACUGCCUCCGAUGAUAUUCUUAGCCUUAAGGAUACACCAGCGCCACAAACGACCAAGAAGGGCGCGAUAGCGGCUGCCGAGGAGACGGAGGAGCAGAUUGCGGCACGCAUCAUGCGCCGAGGUGCGCUUGGAGCGCUCGGCGCGGUCGCGCGUCGUUUUGGCCCAUCACUGUUCAGCACCGUCCCCAAGUACUGGGAGGGCAUCAGCGCCGGGCUGCAAAUGGGGGAUGCAGACGUCGCCGCGUUGGAUGCGCGCCUUGCCGAGCCCAACAAGGGUCAGGACCUCAUCGACACGCUUACCUCGCUUCGUCUCGUCGCACCGCAGCUCGACGCCGACCUGUAUCCCGAGGUCGGCACUCUCUUCCCGGCUCUCAUCAUCGCCCUUCAAUCGUCGUACGCGGUCAUCCGCAACGCCGCAGCGCGCACGAUCGCAGCAUUAUGUGACGUUGCAACUGAGGCGGCGAUGCGGAGAGUCGUUGAUGACAUUGUGCCGCUUGUCGGCGACGCCGAGCGAGUCCCAUCACGCCAGGGCGCCGUCGAAGCGAUUCACCACAUCAUCAAGCUGCUCGAGAUCAAGGCGCUGCCGUACGUACUUUUCCUCAUCGUUCCCAUCCUUGGACGCAUGAGCGACAGCAAUGAGAGCGUCCGCCUCCUGUCGACGAGCACGUUUGCCGCACUCGUCAAGAUGGUCCCGUUGGAGGCUGGUAUUCCCGACCCACCUGGCUUCAGCCCCGAGCUGCUCGCGAAGCGUGACGAGGAGCGCCGUUUCCUCGCGCAGCUUCUCGACGGGUCGCGCGCCGAGCAAUAUGCUGUUCCCAUCGAGAUUAAGGCCGACCUCCGACAGUACCAGAAGGACGGCGUGAGCUGGCUCGCCUUUCUCGCCAAAUACCAGCUGCACGGCAUUUUGUGCGACGACAUGGGUCUUGGCAAGUCUCUGCAGACGAUCUGUAUCGUCGGUUCCAAGAUCCACGAGCGUAAGAUGCGGUUCAAGGAGACGCGGAGUAUCGACGCCGCGCACCUUCCCUCGCUCAUCGUCUGCCCGCCGACUCUCACAGGACACUGGUUCCACGAGAUCCGCAAGUUCACCUCGGAGCUCACGGCGGUCCAGUACGUCGGAAAUGCGAACCAGCGCGCUGCACUACGCCCUACUUUGAACAGGUACGAUGUUGUCAUCACCUCGUAUGAAAGUGUGCGCAACGACAUUGCCGAUUUGGCUCGUGUCAACUUCCUUUACGCCGUCCUCGAUGAGGGUCACGUCAUCAAGAACCCGAAGACGAAGCUCACGCAGGCGGUAAAGCAGAUUCGCGCCCAGCAUCGCUUGCUGCUCUCGGGUACACCGAUCCAGAAUAACGUGCUCGAGUUGUGGUCGCUCUUCGACUUCCUCAUGCCCGGGUUCCUUGGUAGCGAGCGCGUGUUUAACGACCGUUUCAGCAAACCCAUUCUCGCUGAUCGGGACGGGAAAGCAACACCGAAGGAGCGCGAGGCAGCAGCUGCCGCGCUUGAGGCGCUGCACAAACAGGUGCUCCCCUUCCUUCUCCGACGCCUUAAGGAGGAUGUCCUCCACGACCUUCCGCCCAAAAUCAUCCAGGACUACUACUGCGAGCUGUCGGACGUUCAGAAGGCGUUGUAUGACGAGUUCUCUCGCAGCCGUGCCGCCGAAGAAGCGGGCGAGUUUGUCUCGGGCGAUGGCGGCUCAGGCCAGCAACAUGUCUUCCAGUCUCUUCAGUACCUGCGCAAGCUGUGCAACCACCCGGCGCUAGUAAUCGGGGAAGACGAGCACGCGAAGGCAACUGUGAAGCGCAAGGUCGGCGCGCUGCCGUCGAUGAGCGACCUGUCGCAAGCACCCAAGCUCGAGGCGCUCAAGCAGCUGCUGACCGACUGUGGGAUUGGCGUCAGCGCCCCGCCCGGCGGCGACAGACUCGACGGCUCGGGGCCCUUCACGGGCGGCCACCGUGUGCUCAUCUUCUGCCAACUGCGGCCCAUGCUCGACAUCAUCGAGCGCGAUCUCUUCCGCGCCAACAUGCCCUCUGUGACGUACAUGCGCAUGGACGGCGGCACGGACCCGCGGAGGCGGCACGCCAUCGUCGAGACGUUUAAUGCCGACCCCAAGAUCGACGUGCUGCUCCUCACGACGAGCGUCGGCGGUCUCGGCCUGAACCUGACGGGCGCGGACACGGUCAUCUUCGUCGACCACGACUGGAACCCCAUGAAGGACUUGCAAGCCAUGGACCGCGCGCACCGCCUGGGUCAGAAGAGAGUCGUUAACGUCUACCGCCUCAUCACGCGGGGCACGCUCGAGGAGAAGAUUAUGGGUCUGCAGCGCUUCAAGCUCAACAUCGCCAGCAGCGUGGUGACGCAGCAGAACGCGGGCCUCGGCUCCAUGAACACGGGCGAGGUCCUCGACCUCUUCAAGGUGUCAGCCGAGGGCGAGGCGCCCAAGGCGUCCAAGCCCGCCGGCGCUGGUCUUUCCAAAAUGCUCGAGGGCCUCGACGAUCUCCCUCCAGACGACGAGUACGCCGAGCUUUCGAUGGACAACUUCCUCGCCAAAAACGCAUAUUGA